AUGAUACUCCGAACUCUAUCUUGUCUUCCCCUGGCUGUCAGCGCUCUUACCGCCGCGACAGCGCUACAAACACCUCUCGAACCAACGGUACUCGACCCCUCCACGUCAAAAGACCUCCUUUAUCUCCAUCGCAAGCUCGUAGAGAUCGAAUCGAUAUCCGGAAAUGAAGAGAACGUUGGCGACUGGCUUACCAAAUACCUCCGCGCGCACAAUUGGACCGUCGAGAAGCAGGAAGCAUCCAAAGACCGAUACAAUCUCCUAGCCUACGGCAGCAAGCGCGAAACAACCAUCCUCCUAUCCUCGCACAUCGAUGUCGUACCUCCAUACUGGCCGUACUACUACAAUGAGACGACCGAUAUCAUUGGCGGCAGGGGCAGCGUGGAUGCGAAAGGCAGCGUCGCACCCAUGAUAAUCGCCGCGCAAGGCAUACAACAACACCUCCAGGAUGACAUAUCCCUGCUCUUCGUCGUAGGUGAAGAGACAGGCGGCGACGGCAUGCGCGCAUUCAGCAACUGGGACAAGCGCCCGUCCUCGCACGAAAUCGUCAUCUUCGGUGAACCCACCGAGGCGAAGCUAGUCUGUGGACACAAGGGCAUGCUCGGCUUCGAGGUCAUGGCGACAGGCAAAGCGGCACAUUCAGGAUACCCGUGGUUGGGCGUGAGCGCAAACGACAUCAUGGUGCAGGCGUUGGGCGAGCUCCUCAAGCUGAGAGAACACCUCCCGUGGAGCACGAAAUACGGUAACACGACCAUGAACUUCGGGCGCAUCCAAGGCGGAGUCGCAGCCAACGUUGUCGCCGAGACCGCAACCGCGAACAUUGCUACGCGCAUCGCAGCCGGCACCCCCGAUGUCAUACGCGGGCAAAUCAUCGACGCGCUCAAGGACGUCAAAGCCUUCGCGCAGAAGGAAGGUGGUGACCUAGACGUAGAAUGGGGUGGCGAGGCUUACGGUGUGGUGAACAUAGACUGUGACAUUGAGGGCUUUGAGACUUUGACUGUUAACUACGGGACAGAUGUGCCUCACCUCUCUGGUGACCACAAGAGGUACUUGUACGGCCCAGGCUCCAUCUUCGUCGCCCAUUCAGACCAUGAAGCGUUGAAGAGGCGGGAAUUGGAGCAAGCUGUUCUAGACUAUCGUCGCCUCAUCCUGAAGGCGACAGAGGUGAGAGAGAAAGAACAGCAGAUGUACGAUGAGGAACAGAUGGAAUUAUAA